GGUUUUAAAGCACAUGCUCUGUUCUGCUCUUCUCUUUUCUGUUCAUUUCAACUAACAUAGAGAGUGAGGAAUCUGAAUUAUAAUCUCUCUUUUCUUCUUUUCUCCACCAAAGAAAAUCUGAUUUUAAUUUUAAUCCAUUAAUGGCUGAUGAACCUUCUCUCACUCGAUGGUCUUUUCUGGAUUUUAAACUAUUUUAUGAUGCCAAGUUUGGGAGGAAGAGAUUGCCUGAGCCGCAAAAUGGUCAAACUGCUGAUGAGCUCGACUCCAAUGGCACUAAUUCGAACGUGACUUCAAAAGAAAACCACCCUGUCAGGAACACUUCUGAUAUGGCUAUCUACGAGCAGUACCGGAACCAGGGUACACACUCGGUGCACUCAAAUGGCGUGGUGUCUAAUGGAUUUGAUUCGAGACCGCAAAGGUCUCUGCUUCCUGCUUUUGAAUCUGCAGAAAUGCGUGCAUUAGGAGAGAGUUUAAGUAGGGACAUCGUUCGAGGGAAUCCAGAUGUUAAGUGGGAAAGCAUCAAGGGAUUAGAGGAUGCCAAACGCUUACUUAAAGAGGCAGUUGUUAUGCCUAUAAAAUAUCCCAAGUACUUUACUGGUCUUCUUUCACCAUGGAAGGGUAUUCUCCUUUUUGGCCCCCCAGGGACAGGAAAGACAAUGCUGGCAAAGGCUGUAGCAACAGAAUGCAAGACCACAUUUUUCAAUAUUUCAGCAUCAUCUGUUGUCAGCAAAUGGCGUGGUGAUUCUGAGAAGUUAAUAAAAGUACUAUUUGACCUAGCAAGACACCAUGCACCGUCUACCAUUUUUCUUGAUGAAAUUGAUGCCAUUAUAAGUCAGCGCGGUGGUGAAGGACGCAGCGAGCAUGAAGCUAGUAGGCGUUUGAAAACUGAGCUACUUAUACAGAUGGAUGGUUUGACACGGUCAGAUGAGCUUGUGUUUGUUCUGGCAGCAACAAACCUCCCCUGGGAAUUGGAUGCUGCCAUGCUCCGUCGUCUUGAGAAGCGAAUCCUUGUUCCUCUCCCAGAGCCAGAAGCAAGAAAAGCAAUGUUUGAAGAGCUUCUGCCCCAACAGCAUGGUGAGGAGGCUCUUCCUUAUGAUAUAUUAGUGGAAAGAUCAGAAGGUUACUCAGGUUCAGAUAUUCGAUUACUUUGCAAAGAAGCAGCCAUGCAGCCUUUGAGACGCCUAAUGGCUGUCCUUGAGGAUAACCAGGAAGUAGUGCCUGAGGAUGAGCUGCCGAAUGUUGGGCCAGUUACGUCUGAUGAUAUAGAAACUGCUUUGAGGAACACCAGACCAUCGGCACAUUUACAUGCUCAUCGCUACGAGAAGUUCAAUGGAGACUAUGGCAGUCAAAUACUCCGAUGAUGGCAUGCUGCUGCAAAUAUACUUUUAAAUUGUUAGUUAUAACUUCCCCAGAUUUUAUAUUGAUCAGAAUUCUAUUCAGUUUUUACUUUGCAUUGUCCGUUUAUGGAAACUUGUAUAUCUAUGUUUUUUUUUU